UCAAACCUGUUGCAACAUAAAUGACCUUGGGGCUGCAACUUGCAAGCAGUACAUAAAGGAGGAAGAUGCAGUCGCCGAUUGCAAAAGUGCAAUCAGUCGCAGGCAUGAAGGCAGUAACUCUCCUUGUCGCUCUCUCCCUUCGUCUUGCAAGUGGAGAAACACCAUGGUGUACCUGUGCGCCGUUUGUCUCCUUUGAACACACAGAAGUUAUGGUUUACAAUUCCCACGAGAUCAAGAUUAAUGAUUGCGAAAACGACAAGAGGAAAUGCAAUAAUGAAUGCAAUGCUUAUUUGAGUUCCAACACGAAUGAAGGGGAUCUUUGGUACGCUAUAAACGGCGCCACUGUGGGCCAACAUGUAUGCAGUUACGUCUUCCAGCAUGAUCUUAUGCCUUUCCUUAUGCACAAGAUGGUCUACGGUUACUACCAGGUGUGUGGUGGAGCCUGGCAAUACGCAGAGAUAUCUUCAAAGGAGCCACUCUGUUGUGAACUGGGCAACCAAAAGCAUUGUACGGAGCUGUGAUUUAACUGCGCGUAGCAAUAAAGGCAGAGGAAAUCUA